AUGGAUGGUUCAAUUGUUCUUCCGGAUGAGGUGGAGCGUCUGAUCAACAGAAUCUGCUCGGAGAAGGAGAAAGGCCCGCCUGACCCGGAUGCCCGGCGGUUGCUCUCCGAUGUUGGUGAGGAAAUGGCGAUGGACAUACUUUGCUAUAUUCUCUCUUCCAACACCCCAAUUCGAACUACAUUCAGUCGCUACAUUAUGUGGCUUGGUAAAAACCCCCAAAGUCCAUUUCGACAGGGCAACUCUUCGCCGCCGGCGGUCCGGAGUCCCAUUCCGGCCACUCCGUCGCCGGCUUCGUCUCCACUUCUUCAGAGCUAUUCCCCUCUGAGAAAAGCUCUAUUGUCGCCUUCUGAUGCUUCUUCUCCUUCUCCCCAAAAUGGUGGAAACUCGUGUUCCGAGGAUUCCAAAAAUCAUGGCCGCCCUGUCUUUUUAAGUCCCAAAACUGGGAGCCCGAAGAAGCCCAGUCAGAGGCCAUUGUUUUCCAGCGAGCCUAGGAUUAAUGGUCGAACAAUGCCUCACGAAAUUAGUCGUCAGACAUUGACGCUUUGUCGAGAACUCGAGUUCAGGAGAUUCUUCUUGCUCCGAAGCUAUAUUGGGCGGAAUGAGCUGGCAGAUGUUAUAUCCCAUGAUGAGGUGGAUGAUAUUUUGAAAAUGAAAGAUAUCCCCAUUCAACUCUACGAGUCAAAUAUUUGGGAAACUUAUGGAAAACAAUUUUGUGAUCCGUCUCAUAGAGUACAGGUUGCUAAUUGGGACUCCGGAAAGUCGCAUUUCUAUUACUGCAAUGUGUACAAGGGUGGAAAUUAUGAGCUUAAGGGACCCAGGUUGAACACCACAAGAACUCACCUUCAAAGAUCAUUAGGAGAUCAAAAUGUGUUGAUUGUCAAAUUUGUUGAAGAAGACCAAUCUUAUAUUGAAAGGAUCUUUAGGGAAGGGAUCAUUGUUGGUCAGUGGCGUUAUCGCUUUUUCGUCUUUAAAGAUGAACGCCGGGAUGGGAAGAAGAAGAAAAAAGAUGGGACUAAGAAUGAUGCAGCUUGUGCAUCUGUUAAGAGCUACUUUGUCAGAUUUGACUCUGUUGUUGAAAGUGGGGACCAUGAAUCAUAUCCUCUGUCUUCAUUAAAAGUGAAUGAAGGAAGGUGCCUUUUCAUGCAUGCUCACAAAGCGUCUAGCAUUUGUAAAUUUAUGGCCAGGUUUUCGCUAAUGUUGUCAAAGACAAUAAAGCUUCCAAUAGAUCUUUCUUCUGUUAACAUUGAAAGAAUUCAAGAUGUCCAAUGCCGUGAUAAAGAUGGUGGUUAUAUUGUUGACGGUGAUGGGGAAGCCCUUAUACUCACAGAUGGAACUGGUUUCAUCUCUGAAGAUUUGGCUCUGAUGUGUCCCAAAGAUCUUGGGCGUGCAAAAUUUAUCAGUGACAGGGAUUUUCAGAAAUUCCGUAACUUCUUUGACAAUUCAACUGUGCCAUCUGAAGGCAAUGCAGCAGAAGCUCUGAACAAGGAGCCGCCGCUGCUGAUUCAGUGUCGUCUCUUCAAUAAAGGUUGCGCCGUGAAGGGAACUCUUCUUGUUAAUAAAAAGCUCCAACCUGGAACUAUUCAGAUUAGGCCUUCCAUGCUAAAGGUUGAAAGAGAUGCAAAAUUGACUGUAGAUGGAAGAUUUGACUCAUUGGAAAUAGUUGCAACCAGCAAGAGGCCAAGGAAAAGUUAUUUAUCUAAGUUCCUAAUUGCACUUUUAAACUAUGGCGGAGUCCCCCGAGAUGUUUUUGUUGAGUUCUUGACUACUGUAUUGGAAGAAACAAGAGCUGUCUUCUCAAAUAAGCGUGCUGCUCUUAAUGUAGCUAUGAAUAAUGAAGACAUAGACGAUGCUGCUUCCGUGAUAAGAAUGAUCUUCACUGGGAUCCCUCUCAAUGAGCCUUAUCUUCAAUUGCGUCUAUAUGAAAUGGCUAAGUCCGAAAGAAAUGCACUUAAAGAAGGAAGGAUCCCCAUUAAUGAAAGUUUUUACUUGAUGGGUACCACUGAUCCUACUGGCUUGUUGGAAACGAAUCAAGUUUGUGUGAUCUUGGAUAAUGGUCAAAUAUCAGGGAAGGUUUUAGUUUAUAGAAAUCCGGGUUUGCAUUUUGGGGACAUCCAUAUCCUUGAUGCUGUAUAUCUAAAGGAGUUGGAAGCUUUCAUUGGCAAUGCCAAAUAUGGCAUAUUCUUCUCCACAAAGGGCAGUAGAUCGGUUGCAUCUGAAAUUGCAAAUGGGGACUUUGAUGGUGACAUGUAUUGGAUAUCAAGAAACCCUCAGCUCUUAAAGGACUUCUGUGCUAGUAGUCCAUGGACUCGUAAUGCUUCGAGUCCCUCAGCAGCGAACAGGAAACCCACUGAUUUUACAGCUAACGAAUUAGAGCAUCAACUUUUCUUGCUCUUUAUGGAAUCCAGGAACCCCAGUUUCAAUAUGUCCACUGCUGCUGAUAGUUGGCUGGCAUUCAUGGAUCGACUGCUGACUCUGGGGGAUGAUUGUGCUAAAGAAAAAGUUGCUUUGACAGAAAAAAUGCUUAAGUUGGUUGACUUAUAUUACGAUGCGGUAGAUGCACCAAAGAGUGGGAAAAAAGUCUACAUUCAUCCACAGCUAAGGGCAGAGAGGUUUCCCCAUUACAUGGGAAAGACCAGUAGCUACAAUUCCACUUCUAUCCUGGGCGAGAUUCAUGACAAAGUACAAGCAUUUGAAUCUGAAAAACCUUGUGUGGAAGACAUUUGGAAACUACCAGCUUUUGAUGUUGAAGUCCCGCAAAAGUAUGUGAGCUCGUGGAAAGUAAGGUAUAUUGAUUACAAAAAAGAGAUGUCUGCAGCCUUGAGGAACGAGGACGAUGAAUCCCAAAAGCUGGCUGCUAACGAAGUCAUCAAGCGAUAUAGGCAGAUGCUGUAUGAAGCAGCAGAAUUUGAAGAAAGUAAAAAAGAUAUCCAGGAAAUCCAUCACGAGGCCCUGGCCAUCUAUCGCGUGACUUACGACUACGCAAUUAAAAACAAAGAUGUUGUGAAAUGUGGUUUUGCAUGGAAAGUGGCUGGCGGCGCCCUGUUGCACCUUGGUUAUAAUCUGCUGAGAGAUCCACGUUUCAACAAAGGACUUGCUUUCACUGAUAAGGAGAGAGACACUCAUUACUUGACUGGCCUUCUUCCACCUGCAAUCGUACCGCAGGAACUUCAGGAGAAGAAAUUCAUGCAAGGGAUUCGCCAGUAUGACCAACCUCUGCACAAGUACCAGGCUAUGAUGGAACUGGAGGAGAGGAAUGAAAGGUUAUUCUACAGGCUGCUUCUUGAUAACGUGGAGGAGCUCCUUCCUAUUGUCUAUACUCCGACUGUUGGGGAAGCGUGCCAAAAAUAUGGAAGCAUUUUUAAGCGUCCUCAGGGUUUAUUCAUAAGUUUAAAAGAGAAGGGAAGGAUUCUUGAGGUGUUGAAGAACUGGCCUGAGAGAACAAUCCAGGUCAUUGUCGUGACUGAUGGUGAAAGAAUUUUGGGCCUCGGAGACCUUGGUGCUCAGUGUCUGCCAAUUACUAUUGAUGUGGGGACAAACAACGAGAAGCUGUUGAAUGAUGAGUUUUACAUAGGCCUCAAGCAGAGGAGGGCAACUGGAAAGGAAUAUUAUGACUUUCUGCAUGAGUUCAUGACUGCUGUAAAGCAAAACUAUGGUGAAAAAGUGCUUGUGCAGUUCGAAGAUUUUGCAAACCACAAUGCUUUUGAGCUGCUGACUAAAUAUGGUACCACCCAUCUGGUAUUCAAUGAUGACAUACAGGGGACAGCAUCUGUUGUGCUUGCUGGUCUUGUAGCUUCACUCAAAGUGUAUGGAGGCACAUUGGCUGAUCACACAUUUUUGUUCCUUGGUGCUGGCGAGGCUGGAACAGGCAUAGCAGAACUUAUAGCUCUUGAAAUUUCAAAACGGUCAGGUAUUCCUGUUGAUGAGGCCCGUAAGAAAAUCUGGCUGGUGGACUCAAAGGGUUUAAUUGUUCGUUCACGUAAAGAAUCUCUUCAACACUUCAAGAAGCCAUGGGCUCAUGAGGCCGAACCUGUUGGCAAUCUUUUGGAUUCUAUCAAGGUUGUCAAACCAACAAUCUUAAUUGGGACCUCUGGUGUUGGAAAACAAUUUACACAAGAGGUGGUGGAGGCCAUGGCUGCCAUAAAUGAGAAACCUCUCAUUAUGGCUCUCUCUAACCCAACCUCACAAGCUGAGUGCACCGCUGAAGAGGCUUACAAGUGGACUGAGGGUCGUUGUAUCUUUGCCAGUGGGAGUCCAUUUGACCCUGUUGAGUACAACGGAAAAGUUCAUGUUCCUGGCCAGGCAAACAAUUGCUACAUAUUCCCGGGAUUUGGUCUUGGUUUGGUUAUGUCUGGUGCAAUUCGCGUGCAUGAUGAUAUGCUUUUGGCAGCAUCGGAAGCUUUGGCUAAUCAAGUUACAGAUGAACAUUACGCAAAGGGAAUGAUCUAUCCACCGUUUACUAACAUCAGAAAGAUUUCAGCCAAUAUUGCUGCUGCUGUUGCUGCUAAAGCCUAUGAUCUAGGUGUGGCGACACGUUUACCUCGCCCUGCUGAUCUGGUGAAGUUUGCUGAAAGCUGCAUGUAUACCCCAAAUUACCGCUGCUACAGGUAA